AUGAAGGCCUCGACGUUGCUGUCUGGUGCCCUCCUGGCAGUCACGGCUCAUUCCCGUGACUGCAAACCUCGUCCAGACAAGCGUCCAAAUAUCGUCAUGAUCAUGACCGAUGACCAGGACUACCGUCUCGGAUCCACAGACUACCAAUUCGUGCUACAGCGGUUGAUCAAGGCCCAAGGCGUCGAGUUUCUAAACCACUACGCCACGACAGCCAACUGUUGCCCCAGCCGUGCUAGCUUCAUGAGAGGGCAGAUGGUCCACAACACCAACAUCACGCAUGUCAAUGCGCCGGGAGGAAACUACGACAAGUUUGUUGCCAGCGAGCUGGACCAGGACUAUCUUCCUCACUGGAUGAACGCUGCUGGCUACCGGACCGAAUAUAUUGGCAAGUUCCUUAACGGCUAUGGGCUCACCAACUAUCUCGAAGCACCAAAAGGGUGGCACCAUGUGGACGCUCUGCUCGACCCUUACACCCAGCAGUUCAACACACCAGUCACUUCCAUCAAUGGAGGACGCCCUAUCUGGUACACCGGAUUCCAUCAGUCCGAUGUCGUCCGUGCCAAAGCGGUCGACCGCAUCGAGCAUCUCACCUCCCAGGAGAAACCAUUCCUGCUUGUGCUAGCUCCGUCCUCUCCUCAUGUGCAAAACGACAUCCAGGAGACCGUCCCGCUCGCACGCCACGCCCAAGAUUUCGAAAACGUGACCGCACCCCGAACUCCCAACUUCAACCCUUCCGAGGAGUUCCAGAAGCAAAAGGGUAGCUGGCUGCCGACUCUGCCCCUCAUGAACGACACCAUCAUUGCAUUCUCUGACCACGCAUACCGGCAGCGCAUCCGUGGUCUGCAAGGCGUCGAUGAGAUCAUGGAGGACGUGAUCAAUACGCUUGAACAGAAGGGCGUGCUCGACAACACCUAUGUCAUCUUCACAAGCGACAACGGGUACAAGGUCGGCACGCACCGCGUCCCCGCAGGCAAGGCCACCUUCUACGCCGAGGAUUCCAACCUUCCCUUCUUUGUCCGCGGGCCGGGGAUCCCAAAGAACAUAACGUCAAAGAUUCCCGGAGCCCACCUGGACCUUGGCCCUACGUUCUUGGACAUUGCCGGUGUUCCCCAGGACAAGUGGCCGUCGUUCUUUGACGGCCAGAGUCUUCUCCCCCAAUGGCACGACCCCGAAAGCUCGACGGGUGAUGGCAACGGUGGUGGCAACGCCAAAGAGACCCUCAACGUGGAGUUCUGGGGACUCUGUAUUGUCGAGGCACCUAACGCUGCCGAAUUGGGUGUCCCGUUCAAGAAGAACAGCUACAAGACCUUGCGUAUUGUGGGUUCCGACGAGUCCUGGCUCUACUCCUACUGGUGCACGGGUGAGGUCGAGCUGUACAACACGGCAAAAGACCCCUACGAGUUGACUAAUCUGGCCCUCAACCCAACCCCAGAGGUUCAGCAGCUUCUCAACCGCCUCAAUGCCAUCCUGCUCGUGACCAAGUCGUGCGAGGGCGGUACUUGCAGGCAGCCGUGGGGCCUCCUCCAGCCCAACGAUAAGCCGAACGAGAUUGUGUCUCUGAAGCAGGCCAUGGACCCCAAGUACGACGUCUUCUUUGCCAAGUUCCCCAAGGUCAACUUCAAGGAAUGCCUAGCGGUCCAGGACGUCGCCAACGAGCAGCCGUUCUAUCCUCCCCUUCCGGACAACGGGAGCGGGGGUCUGGGCCGCGGUCACAGAACCACACCCGACGGCUGGGAGAAGCCCAAGGGCAAGCAGGUUCUCAGAAGCAAAGGAAAGUACGGAACUGCAGAGCAGCGACAUGCUACGCUUGAGGAUGUCAUGAAGAAUGCACACUACCUGACCGAUGACGAGAUCGCCGGCAAGCCCAAUUCAACACAGCAAAAGCGAGCAAUCGAGGUGCAGAUGCUGGAGCCUUCCUGGUUUGAGUGGAUCGGCUGA